UUGGCCGGGUUUUGUUAUGAAAACCUGGCAAUCGUGGUACUGCCUUAAACAAGCGUCAAAGACUGACACGAAAGAGAAGAAAUUAAUGGAAAAAACAUUAUUUUUGGGCACAAAAAGUAUUCUUGUAGCGUCAUAAUAUUAGGGCUGAACCACUAAUAUCACCUGGACUAUUUUAACGAUGUCCUUACUACCUUUCUGGGCUUUGAAGGUUGCCUUCUGUCUAUACAGGGUCAGAAAGCUCUGGUAUUUCAUCAAAAAUAUCUUAAUUUGUGUACCAAUCAAAACUGUGACAUGAAAUUCAUACGAAAUAUUGCCACCUUGUAAAAUUAUGUUUUCUCAUGAGAUUGGGUUGGUUAAUCUACAGAUAAAAUAGGCUACACUAAUAAAAUGAAGUUUUCAGCUCAAAUAAAUAAUGUCUAUUUUUUUGUUUGUUUAUUGUAUGUGAUAAGGGACAUGCUCAGAUGAUCAGCCUUUCGUUUUUUCCCGCUUCAUAUUAGCUAAUUACAGGCGGACUACACAUUUAAGAUCAAAGUAGACUAUCUGUUUUAUAUGGUGACGGUAAACGUGUACAGGCGCAUCAAUCACCGCCUCAUUUUACUGGGAGGAACCCAAUAAAUGACGUUAUUGCUGGCGUACGACUUGCAGCGUAAUUGGGCUUAUACUAAAUGAAUGCACAUCCAAUGGGCAAACAGUCCAAGCGGAUAUUAUGAGCAGCCAGGGAGAUAUCAAACCCACUAAAUCACUCGUAUGAUUCAAUGCGACAUUAAGUUGACACUGAGUUGUUGACUUGCUUGCCUUUUUAAUAGCACUUUGGAUUCACGAUCCAAAAGUUCUGGUUGACCUAACAGUGCUUCACUUCAGAAGACUCUCCUCUGUGCAGGGCAAAACGAUGUGGCUCCCACGGACCCUCCUCGCUCUGGCACUUCUUUGCGCACCGGUUUCCAGCCUCUGCUUACCAACGUACGACCCCGUGUCCAACUUUCUUUGCAACAAUAAAGUGUUCUCCGAGACGAAUGAUAACGGGCAACCAGCAGAUUCCCUGCUGGACAGUCUAAACCUCCUGUACAAGUCAGCACACGCGCUUUCCUCCGAGGAGCCGCGCGAAAGGAGGACGAUACCCGCGUCCAAAUACAGAUACUUGAGCCAGACGCAGCUCAGGAGUAAACUGUACCGCAACAGUGCGAAGAGCGAUCGACGCAGCCAGGUCACUCUUUCCCUCGAUGUCCCCACCAACAUUAUGAACAUCCUCUUCAACAUUGCCAAAGCCAAGAACCUGCGCGCAAAGGCGGACGACAACGCGCGCUUACUGGCGCAGAUUGGAAAGAGAAAAUGAACUCUUAUGACACUUUAACAUUUUUUGUAACCAGCUGAGGCAUGUUAU